AUGGGGUCAAGAUACACAUCAAGUGCCCAUAUCCAGCAUCAGACAUCUGCGCAACAGUUAAUUAAUCGCUAUGAGUCCAUAGGAAGCCCAAGAACUGGUCGCCGCACUAGCAGAGCUUCCCCGCCGCCUCGGACCCCGCCUCGGCAGGAGAUUCAUAUGAAAAAAGACAAGUCGCCGCUGAGACGAUCUCUCCAAAAUGUUGUUACCGCGUUUAAGAAGGGAGCGCGAGCCAUCAGUUCUCGCCAUGAUUCAGAAAGUCCUGUGCUACGCCCCGUCUCUGGAGGUCUACCAUCGCGGAGGGUUGAUACCACUAGCCUCUACAACGCGGAAUAUUCUGGACAACCUUCUCGACCGCCUACACCACCUCCAAAGUGUCCUUGUCUUUCUGGAAAGCUACUUUAUCUCUCAACAGAUCCUAUGGACUCGGUCUGGAGGCCCUGCGCAGCGACCAUGGGGCUGACAAGCAUAUCUCUUUGUCAUUCGCAAGCCAAAAACGGGAUAGAUUCUUCCGGAAUAUCCCUGCUACAAUGUAUCGAGGUUCGGUCGAGCCAAUUUGACUCCAAGUACCUACCGGAUCGGACCUCCAUUGGAACCAGUCACGUCGAAGAUCUCAGGGCAUUCGAACUAAUCUAUGAUGGAAAGCCGACUGAAAGGUUUGCCUGCUUUACCACUCAGGAAAGAGCGAUGUGGAUAGACACAAUUUGGGACGCAAUUAUAUCGCUUCAUGGUUCGACGCGGAAAAUGAACAUCUUACUUGGCCAAGGCGACCGAGCUCUUGAUUUUCAACCGUUCGAGGAUGCCGUUCAACCUAUAUCAGUUUUACCUCAAGGCGACCAGACUCAUGCAUCACAACGCCCCGAGGCUGCUCACAAUAUAUCAAAUCUACCACAAGGAAGCCGAUCUCAUGAAUUUCCGCCAAUGGAAGUUGUGCAGCCUUUGUCAUAUUUACCACCCCCCUUGCCUUCGAAGAACUCUAACCUUGGCCGCGGUCCCCGGCCUCUAUCCCAAGCAUCAACCGUUGUAGCAAAUCACCGCUUACUCCCACCUCUGGUGAUUGCAAACGGCUGCCCUUCUCUGUCUACUUCCUCGGGCACAACUUCCUCUGAUACCAGUCAUCUGCGAUCCAGGAGCCCUUCCAUCGCCAAUUUGGGUUCCCUCUCAGUUGUAAAGCAGCGUCUGGCUCAAAUCCAAAGUCCAACCAAAGAUACUGGGAUGCCUCCGCCUACGGCGUUUUCGAGAUUGCCAAGUCCGCAAAAGCUGAAGGUUCCCAAACAGGACGAUGUCACCCCUUUGAGUCCAUACGACGCCAACAAUAAUAUCCUAGAUUACUAUCGUGGACAAGGAAAUGACGAGGAUCGGUACUCAAGUGAAGCUGUUCUAAUCACCACUCAAGAUAUCCCUAGGCAACAAGAUUAUGUCCCUGUCGUCGACAUCGAUGUUCCUCGCAGAAACAGUGACGGUGAUGCUGCCGUUCAGAUAUCUGGGCUACCUCCAUACUCCAUGCGGACAAAGGAAAUCGUCUCUGGUUCUCAGCCUCGAACAUGUGCAAAUAACGCGGACACUGGCCAGCAUCUCCUUGAGGCCAUAAAUGCAAAACUCGACGGACUUUUUAAUCAACCUUCCGAAAGGGACUCUCAAUCUUCAGAAAUGUUGCUUUCUCUACGAGAGUUAGCCCAGCGACUUGAUUCAUCCAGACGUGAGCAGAUUGCGAAAUUGGACAACAUCUUGACCGCGACAACAUCGAGCGCCGCGCCGCAAAUUCAGAACUCGUCUACUAUCCUCAACAAGCUUGAUACACUGAUCGAAACUCAGCGCAACGCACCACCCCAGACAGAUGACCCUACGAAACACGCACAACUGGAGCAACUAGUCGGCUUACUGCGAGCUGAUAUCACUGAUCGUGCAUCUCAGAUCCAUCAGCAAGCCGAUAGCGUACGCUACUUGAAUGAACUCAACUCGUGGCUUGAAGCAUUUGUGUCCAAUGGCACAACACAAAUACAAGGUCUUGCUGCCAACGUUGAGGCCCUUUGCCAGUCGAUGGGAUGCAGUACAGCCGAUGCUCGGGGCUCGCCAUACGAUGGUCUCCGCGAAGAUAUUCACCGAUUCAUACUUGAGACGCGUACGCGAGACGAGAACGUAGCUACCAUUCACCACAAUAUGAUGGCGCUGUUAAACGAGCAGAGGCAAGGAAACGUGAACGCUCCCCACGAUCUCAUUGCCGGGAUCAUGCACCAACAAAGGCGAGACCACGAAGCUAUGCUGAGUACCUUGGUCCAUGAGGUCUCCUCCGAGAUUCGAGGUGAGCGGCUGCGCUUCGUCGAAGCAAUGAAAGAAGCUACCCAAAUCAACGUACAAAUGCACGUCGAUCAAUUCAAGCGCGAGCUGAACAAAGAGGUCGUAACGAUGACCAAGGAGGUCCAACGGCUGCACAAUGAGAAGAAAGCGAUGGAGAACCAGAUUGCUGAACUCUUCUCAUUUUACUCAAAACGUGCACCGGCGGAAAUCGAUCCCGGACGGUUGCACUUCGCCCGUUAA